CAAAAACGUUUCAAUUCUCUCAUUCAACAUCUCCCCUUAAACGUCUCUUAUCCCUAGCUCUCUCUCUCUCUCUGUCUCUUUCUCUUUCUCUUUCUCCGCCGUACGUGAAUGGCAACACAAGGUAUGGCUCAGCCGUCGGCGAAGAAAAGAAGCUUCUUCCUCCGUGAUCUCUUCAAACUUUGUCGAUCAAUCUCAAGGGUUUUGCCUCGUGAUCAUCACAAACCUAAACAUCAUCAUCAUAAGGUUAAGCACGUCACAAACGAAUCCAAACGUGUUGAUGAAGAAACUAAACCAAACGUCUUCAAUGUCCAGGAGACUAAGGGGAAUGGUAAUAAUAAUGAGGUGGAAGGUGUGAGUCUUUGUAAGGUUCGUAGCUAUAGAUAUGACAAUACCAACACCAACACCAAUUUCGUGGGGAUCAAGACACCGUUGUCUCUUUCAAGAAGUUGUAGCCACAAUACGGCUACGGACACGUCAACCUCGGCGACAUUGCGGAGUUUAUCGUAUGUAGGGAGGAGCAAGAGCAGCAGCAACAGGAUGACUGAUUCUGGUGUAUUUAUGCCUUCACUUAUGAGAUCUACAACCACAAGGAGCUUUGCGAAUCCGAUUUUGUAUUCGACCUCUUCGGCCAAAGUGGCUAAACCUUCUCCAACAGAGAAGAAGCUAAGCUGUACUCUUGAGGAGCUAUGCAACGGAUGUACCAAGAAGAUCAAGAUCAAGAGAGAUGUUGUGAUCACAAGCUCAGGGGAAAUGUGUGAGGAGGAAGAGAUGGUGGAAAUAAAAGUGAAACCAGGAUGGAAAGGAGGAACAAAAGUAACAUUUGAAGGCAAAGGAAACGAAGCAAUGGGGAGUUCUGUACCGGCUGAUUUGGUAUUUGUGAUAGUUGAGAAAGAGCAUGAGUUGUUUAAAAGAGAAGGCGACGACCUCGAAAUGGCGGUGGAAGUAUCUCUUCUCGAAGCCUUAACGGGCUGCGAGCUCUCGGUUGCUUUACUUGAUGGUGAGAAUUUGAGUUUGAGGAUAGAAGAUAUUAUUCACACUGGAUAUGUUACAGUGAUUCAAGGCAAAGGCAUGCCAAAUCCAAAGGAGAAAGGGAAGAGAGGAGAUUUGAGAGUUCGGUUUCGGACUAAGUUCCCACAACAACUUACAGAUGAACAAAGGGCAGAGAUUCAUAGCAUUCUUCAAGACUCUUCUUGAAUCUGUUGCUGCUAUACAGAACUCUCUUUUCCCUUUAUAGUGGGAACUUUUACAACAUGGUUUAGAUAAAAAUCCAAAGAGAUAUUGUUAACUCUUGUGUGUCAUCUUUGUUUUGUAAACAACCAAGUUGAAAUGAAGAAACCGGUUUUACCAUAA